AUGGAAAAUGGCGUUUCUCGAUCAUCGCUAGUUCAUGGAACACAAACGAAUCCGAAUUCCGAUACUUGGUAUGAUACAGAUUCAUUUUUACUGGUGAGUUAGGGAGGGAUCAAGAAGUUAGGGUAACUCUAAACAGCUCUUAGGAUAUGUAUAGAUUUUUGGAGGUUUCAGAAGCUUCUCAAAGAUCAGUUGAAAAAUUUUGAAGUUCUAAAAUACAGUGAAGCACCGUGUAAACUUUCGAAUUGGAAACUGGUUCAAAUAAAUCGAUUUUUGUGUCAGAAUCUUUUACAAUUUUUGAAUUUACCCUAACUCCACCUCAUAAUUAUAUAAUUAAUUAAUUAAAUGUAUACAAAUUCUCAUUUCAUUUAUACACCAAAUUCCAUUCCAUUCCAUUUCUCAAGUAUCUUCCAUAUACAUAUCUCAAAUUUCUUUCUGUUUCUCUUUUUCUUCCCCUCAACACUCCAGGCGAGAAGAAGAAGUUCUCAUCAAGUGUUUUGCUCUUUUUCGACAAAAUGUCACCGCACAAAAUGCAUUUGAUAGUCAAUGAAAAGAUAAGUGGAGAUAUCGCGAAUUUAAUUUGACGAUUCAAUUUUUUUGUGUAUAGUUUGAUUAGGGAGAAGUGUGAAGUCACGAGCUUUUGAUAAUUGGGAAAAGGUUUUGGAAUUUUUUCGGAAAAUAUGGAGUAACUUGGAGAUAUUUGAAAAAUUAGAAUUUAUUUUCUCCCGAAUUUUCUUCGCUGAAAAAUUCCUAAUUUGUUUCAAUGAAGUUUGUGUUUUGAAGUCAAAAUUUCGAAAAUCCCUCGUAUUUUCUUGUUUGUCUUUCUGGCGUGAAGUGAGAGGAUAAACAAAAAAAAUUCCCAAGUUGAUUUUAACAAUUUCAAAAAGUCAGUUAAAUUUUCACAUAAAAAUAUCAGUUUUAUGGGGUUUUUUCUGAAAAAAACAUGUGCUGAAAAAUCUAGAUUUAUAAAAUUUUGCGCUGAAAGUUUUGAUUUUUCAAAUACAAAUUCAGCGCGAAAAAUCUCGAAUUUUACUUAAUUAAAUCAAAAUUUGUUCUCUCCAAAUUUGAUUACAAAUUUAAAAAUAACAGGCUUAUGAUUAUCGAUGUUUUUCUAGAAAUUUAGAAAUUUGUAAAAAAAUUUAUCGAUCCACAAAAAAAUUCCAGAAUUUUCUAUAUUUAGACAAAAACUCCCAUUGUCUUUGUAUUGAAACAAACUUUUUUCAUUUUCCUUCCGUAGAGCAACAAAAAAAGUGAAAUCACUUUCUUCUUCUCCUUCUUAACAUGACCGACCACCCGCAUUUCAUUAUUUACACAACAAACCACGGCAGCUUUUGGCCAAAGACACAUCACAUGCGAGAAAAAAAAGAAGAAGAGCGCAAAAAAUUUCGCCAUGGAAAAACUAGUUUAGGUUUCAAACAAACUUAGCAGAAGCAAAAAAAUUUCACGUAGCUUCCGUCUGGUAUUUUUUGUAUGUGUACAGUGUGUACAUUGUCAGACACAGUAAAUUGGGGGAGCACAAAAAAACACGGUUAAUGAAUGGGUUUAUUUUGUUGUUGAUGUUAAAGCGGUAAAUAGAAGAACAAGAGGAGCACUUUCUUAUUUGGGAAGAGAGAAAUGAAAUGGGUAAUUAGAAAUUUAUGACGUCACAUUUUUGUAGUUUGAAACAAUGGUCUAACACUAGAGAAUUUUUCGAGAAUUUUAAAAACUUAGGAGAACCUUGAAAACUUUUGAAAAUCCCUGAACUCUCUGAAAAUAAUUUUAAAGUUCUUUAGGAAAUCUUAAAGAAUUUUCAGAACCUUGAAGACCUUAAAGGUGAAGUCUGACAUGAAUAUCGAUUUUAAGUUUCUAUCCAAAAAUUUGUCUCCUGAUUUAAAAAAAGCCUUUGACGAAUUUAAAAAAAAUUGUUAUUGACAGAGAAAAACAGCUCCAAACUACUGUACAUCGAGACAUUUUACACGGUGUUUCACACAUUUUUAAACUUUUAAAUUUUAAACUAAUGUUUGAGAAGAUUCCAGAAAAAUCCUUCAAGGAAUUUAUUAAUUAGAAAAUGCUCUUUCAAAUUAUGUAGCUCAACUUAUUUUUGCUCAGACUUUACCUUUGUGAACUUCAAGAAAAAUUUUAACAAACUUCUGGCUCCAAAAAAAAAUCACAAUUUUCUGUAACUUAUCAAACUUUUUUGGAUUUCAAUUCGAAAUUGAAAAAUUUACAAUUUUCAUUAUUUUUUUUUCAAAAAAUUCAGAAUUUUUGGGAUCUCUGGGGCCACAUUUAUAUUCAAAAAAUUCAGAUUUUUCAGAUUAAUUUCCAAAAAUCAAUUUUCAUUAUUUUCCAGGAUCAAGUCAAAGAAGUUUUAAAUAAAUUAAGCGAAGGUGCAAUUGACGAUGAAAUAUGGGGAAAAAUUGUGAUAAUGGAAAGAUGUAAACGGGUUGCGAAAGCGUAUUUACGAAAAACUACUGUAAUUAUUGAUGGAUCAGAAGAUGAAUUUGAUGGAAGAACAUUGGGUUUCAAUCAUUUCGAAAAUUUGACCAGAGAUGAAUAUACAAAAGAAAUUCGAGCCAAAAUUGCAGAUGUGAGUUUUCCAAGAUUAUCUAGGCUAGAAAAAAACUGAAAAAAAACUGAAAAAAAUUUAAAUUAUUUUCCAGGGUGUCAUUUUAAAAAUGGACUAUCAAGGAAACAUCAAAGGAAUGGCUCGCGGAGCAACGCCGAUUUUUUGCCAAGGAUGGAAAGAGCCAAGAAAUAAUUGUAUUUCUGAUCGAUUAGUAAGGUUGCACGGCAAGUUGAACCAUGUGGCAAAUGAGGAUGAGAAAGCAUACAAGGUGAGAGAAAUCUUGUGAAUUUUUUUUGAAUUUUUAUUUCAAAAUUCCAGGUCUUCGACAUGAGAAAAUUCAAACACUCUCUAGAACGUGAUUUACACGAUGCUUCAGAUGCUCGAACACUUUUAUUGAAAACUUGUAUGAGAAUGGCGUUGGUGAAAGAGGGUGGAGAUAUGAAUAGAACGCCGUGCUGGUUUGCAAUUGUUAAUUUGGUGGCUUUGGAUAUGGUGAAGGAAAAGGUUCCAAUGAUUAUGAGUUUGUGUAAGUCUUGGGAAGUAUAAUUUUUUUUUAAAUUUUUAAAUCAGUGAAGAAGCUGAAGACCUAGAGACACCUUUUUUUGCAUUUUUCAAAAUUCUGUUACAGUGAAUGGAAAUUCGAUGCCAAUGACAGUAAAAUCACCUCCACCUUCACACCAACAAGAAUCCUUAGAUGCUCAAACCCUCACUCAAAUCAUUGCUGCAGCAGUUUCACAGGCAAACAAAAGGUAAUCUUAAAUAAUAUAUUUUUUUUUUGAAAAAAAAAACAAUUUUUGUAAUAAUGAAUAUUUUCAGUAACCCGCCACCACCAAACACAUCCAAUCAAGCCCAAAAUUUAUCGAUUUCGCCAGAGCAGUUAGCUCAAAUUGCGUCGACGAUUAGCAUUGCACAAUCGAAUACAUUGAGGACUGCUGAUUUGACAACGAUUAAUAAGAAGGAGCGGAUAAGGUGGGGGUUUUUGAGGGUGGGAGAUUUGAAGUUAGGCUAAUUGUUUGAGCAAAGAUUAUCCAAGAAAAAAUCCUGAUAUCUGUAAUCCUUCUUAUUUUUUUUCUCUGAAACUUGAAUUUUGAAGAAAAUGUUUUCUCAUUUUUCUUGUUCAUUUUUUUCUGGCGUAAAGUUGAACAAAAAUAAAUUUGAAUUUUGCCUAUUAAAAUUUCACAGUUUCCAGAGAUUUUGUAGCUCAUAAACAUCAAAACUAUCUCCUAAACAACAAUAAAAAAAUUUCCAGCUAUAUCAAAAAACCAUAUCACUGCUCAACUUCAUCACUCGAUUCAUCUGGUGAAGAUUCAACCACAAGACGCCCUGAUAUUGGUGUGAAAUCAAGAGCAAAACGAUGGGAGCAAUCUGUUCCGCCAAAACAACAACAACCUGAAGUUAUUCCUGGUGAAACCAAAAUCAUGGAGGUAAAUUAUUGAUUUUUCAAAAAUCUUUCUAGACUUCCAAUUUUUUUUUGUUUCCAGAAAACCCGCCCUGUCCGAGCUGCCAAUCGACCUCUUUUACAAGAUGUUAUUUUCACUCGUAGCCAAUCAAUAACUAGUGAUUAUGACAGCAAUAAAGAACAUUUUGAUUCUGGAAGUUGGAGCUCAACUCAAUCGAGAUAUAAGGUAGGAUUUUAGAGGAGAUAGGCUGGGAGUUAGGAUAAAUUGGUGAAGUUUUUACUAGUUUUCUAGAAAAUUAUUGGAUAACAUUUUUUGAGAAUUUUUCGGGAAAGAAAAAUAUAUUUUAGGACCUUCCCUUUUUGGCUCUGAAAAUUCCAAGUUUCCAGGCCUAAAAUUCAGGCUUUUCAGGCCAAAUCUAGGCUCUUCUGGGCUCAAAACCUAGGCUUAUCUAGGCUUCAAAAAUCUCAAAUUUUUAGGCCUGAAAUCCAGGCUUUUCGGGCCGUUCUAGUCUCAAAUUUUUGAGUCUAAAAUUCAGGAUUUGUGGGCCAAAUCUAGAGGCUUAUAUGGCCUAUAAAAUAAAUCCGGAAGCGGAAUUUUCUGAUAAAUUUUGAGCCGGCCAUAAUUUUCAGGAUUUUUUGAGCUUAAAAACAACUCAAUUUGAAGAAGGAAAAAUCUGGAAGCUUCCAAAAAUUUUUCCAAAAAAAGUUAAGCUUAUGAAAAUUGAGGUCCGAUUCAAAAUUUCCAAAAAAAAUUCCGAAUGAUUUUUAAAAACUUCCAACAACCUUCUCAUUUUCCAGGGUGGUCGAUCAACUGCCUCUUCAGUGGUUUCAGAUCAUGAGCUAACUGUCAUAACUCGUGACGAGUUAAAGGAACUCAAUGAGAUGAACGAGGCACUGGAAACAACUGAAGGUAAGUUGCCAUUUUUGUUUUUGAAAUUCUAAUUCAAUUUGCACUUUCAUUUUUUUUGUUAAUGAUUUUAAUUUCUCAUCGCACCGAUUUUAGAAGAAGAAGAGCCGCAACCAACACCACCAUCUAAUUCUCCACCAAUAUGUUCGCCUUCUUCUCAAAAAUUGCCAGUGCUACCCGAAAAAGACUAUAACCUCUCACCAACAAAUUUCACAUUCUCACCAAAAUUCGAGGGUGCACCCGCGUGGAAAAGUAGCGCAACCAGAUAUGAAGGCGGAGCGGCUGCGCAAGAAGCGAGAACCAAUGAGACGACACCCCCACCACCACCACUUCCUAAUACACCCUUACCGCCUGGUAUGUUUUUUUUGUUUUUGAAAUUUAGUUUUAGCUUUACAUUAGCUAGCUUGAGUGUGGCCUAGUUUAUAUUUAUUUAUUUAUUGAUUUUAAUCACACAUGCAAAUAAUAAGCAGAUAAUAAAAGUACAGUGCGCUUUAAACCAUGCAAAUGGUUUCCUUCAUAUUUGGGUGAGUUUGAAUUAGUUGUGUCAAAUCAAUCAAUAACUGCACACCUUCUAACAAAUACUCAAAAUAUUGAUUAUUUUUAAAGGGAGGGUGAGAUGAGAAAUUUGAUUUAUCUUAAAGCAACACCCUCGUAUAAUAGGCACUUUCUUGAAAAAAGCCCAAAUGUUCUCAAAUCUUAGAUUUAGCUUAGUUUUACUGUUUUCUAUUUCGGAUAAAAAAUUCAAAACGUUUGAAUAAGUAGUCGACGAAAUAUGGAAGCCCAUUGAAAAACUGAAAAACUCAAAUUCAAACAACGCGGGCUAGCGUCAACGCGGAGUCUCGUUGUUUUCUUUUUAUUUUUUUGCAAAAUUUUUCCGUUUUUUUUCGGAAAAUGACAAUUUGCAUGGAAAAAACUGUUUUCUGGGUAUGAAAAAAUAAAGUGAAGAAGUAUAAACACGAAUAUUCAAUAUUUCAGACGAAAACUAAAUUUUUCAAUGGAAAUUGUGUUUUUUUCAGUUUUUGACCGGAAUAUGCAAUAUAAAACUGAAAUAUCAUAGUCAAAAAUGAAAGUAGAGAUAGUCAAGGAUGUUCAGAAAUCAUUGUAAUAAUUUAUUUCAUUUUUUUCAGUGAAACAAUUCACUUUUUGUGGAAAAAAAGUUGAAAAGGGUACUGUAGCACACAAUUGUCGUCACAGUGUUUGCACAAUUUCAUGAAAUUGCGGAUCUGCACAAUCUGCAGGCGAUUUUCAAAAAAAAAUAAUUUUUUUUCUCAAAAGUGGUCAAAUUUGAUCGUUUUUGAGUAUUUCUUUUUCAUAUUGCUUGUGAGUAUAGCUGGAUAGGUUAAUUUUAUAUAUUUUCGUGUUUGAAAGCAAUUCGCAAUGGCCUUAUUAUACGAGGGUGUUGCUUUAAAGUUUGGGAAUUUUUGGAAUAUUGAACCAAGGGAUUUUUGGGACUUGAGGUCCGCAGGGAUUUGUUGGGAAGCCUUCCAAAGCCUUAAAAAUCUUUCUAAAACCUUCUGAAGUUUUAUGAAGCCUCCUGAAGCGUUCUGAAGUUUUCUAAAAUCUUCUGAAGCUGUGUGAAGCCUUCUGAAGCCUCCUGAAGCUUUCUGAGGAUCUCUGAAGCCGUCUAGAAAUUUAAACGUCCCCGUAAAUUUUGGAAUAUGGGUCACCAGAAUUAAAAUUUGUCUGCCUCGAAUAUCUUUUGAGACUUCUAGAAGCUUCCCAGAUCUUCUCAGAUUCUAGUGUUUUCGAGAAUUCAAGAGCAUUAGAUUCUCAAUUUUCCAAAAGUAAUUUAGCGUCUCCAGAAUAUCUAAGCCCCUUAACAUCCCAGUUUAGUAAUUUAUAGACAUCUAGGGAUUUCAAGCCUUCCAGACUUCUGAAAAAAUCUCCCAAAGUUCUCCAAAAGCUUCUAAUUUUCCAGAUAAAUGUUUCUUGCCUCACCCAACCUUUUUAAAAAACGCUGCUCCCAAACCCUCUCCAGCUUUUACCCGGCAAAUCAAUCAUUUCAGGGCUUCCAGCUUCAACGCCAGCUUAUAAUAACAACAAUAAUGCGUAAGUUUUAGCAUGAAACACAUUUUCAGUUUUUUUUAUUUCAAAAAUUAAAGAAAAACAAAAAAUAGCUUUUCCUAACUAUCGCUUCUUCUUUGUUCGAUUUAUUUGCUUCAGCUUCAAAUCUUCCCCAAUAUUUUACGAACGCGAACGCCAUCGAGAAAUUGGCAUUCCUCCGGUAAUUUCGUGUGUGUUUGUUUUGUGUGUGUGUGUUGCGAAAACUAACAUGAGACAUGGUUUUUUUAUCAGAGUUGGGAAGAGAAAAAUACCGUAUCAUUUUGGGAGAAUAAUUUUUCAGAUUUUUUUUCAAAAAUCUCCGAGUUAUGCUAAAUCCCCAACUCUGAGCCCCCACCAUGUUAGUGUUUUUUUUUGAGUUGCUUCACAUUUUGUGUUCUUUAUUCUCCCAUCGCAAAUUUCGUUUAAAAAAAAGCUAAUUUUCCUUACGAAACUUCAAUCAAGUGUUUUUGCCGUGUGUUCCAAUUUGUUGUUUUUUUUGUUGUUGUGUUUGGGUGGUUUCUCAAGAAAAUCUUGAUUUUCACAAAACAAGGAGAAAAAAAAUGCGAUGUUUUUGCAGAGCCAACUUCAUACGCGGUCCGGCGAGGAGAUGGAAAUUUACUUCGGUCGAACACCUCAACCAACACAGUCUUCCGAUCACAGAUUUGUCAACGAACUCCGACAAGUUAGUGAAACUGGGAUUUUUGAUACAAAAAAUUAGGGAUUUCGGUGGAGUCUGACAUUGUAAAUGACAGAAAAACACAGCUUCAACCCAGAAAAAUCCUCGGAGGAUUUUAAAAUUACAUUUUUUUUCAUGAUAAAAUUUCUCAAACUUUUUCAAAACCUCAAAAAUUUUUUGUUAGAUUUCUCUCCUUUCAUGAAUGCAAGAAAGGUUACUGUAAUACAAUAUUUUUCUGCCACUGAUCGAGUAACAAAAAAAUUAUUGUACUACAAAACCUAUCGUGCAUGCACGUUGUUUUCGUUUUGUUUUUUUUUGGAUCACAAAUACAUGCAUGUUAUCAGUUGUAAAAAACCGUCUCCCCUCUUAUUCUUAUGCGUGCGCCGACAACAAACAGGUUUCACCUGUCUCUAUCUUUUUCAUGCGGAGUGGGCGGGGCCAAGGUUCGAUCCCACAUGCCGACCAACUUUUUUUUGUGAAAACUUUUGGGAUUUUUGGAAAAAAAUUUUGAGAAACAAAAUAACGAACUUGACAAGAAGAGAAAAACCUCAAUUUUCACUUCAUUUUCAUCCAAAAAAAGUCCCUUUCAGUAAAUAACUGACCGACCAAAAAAUAAAAAGAUAUACGUGUCUGAGGGGGAGAGUUCAAAACAAUAUUAUUCUUACGACGUGCUUUGAAUUUAAAUUCAAUUUGCACGGCUUUUCAUUUUUUGCUUUCUCUCGUUUCUUUUUCAAAAAAUUGUAGGUCAACAAAGUUCACUGAAAUAAAAAUGCGUGGGAUUCGCGGAGAUUUUUUUGGGAAACUUAAAAUUUUGAAGAAAAAAAAAUAACCGGAAUUUUGCAGGUGCUCGAGCAACGAACGAGUGGUUUGCGGAUUGCGCGCAACCACUCUCAACCAGCCGCAGCUCAUCCCAACUUGCAACGAUACGCCAUCACCAACCCCAACUUGCCAGCCAAUACAACCUCCCACACCACCGCCGGCCGCAACACUCCCAUCGAUCGAGGAGUCCCAUACGGAUCCUCAACCAACACCACCACCAGAACCACAUCACCAACCGCUCAAUCGUACAAUCGAGGAUUGCGACGUACACCAAACACAACAACGAUCGGAUCACACCAACAACAUCCACAACAACACAACCAAAACUCAUCAAAUCAAUAUCGACCACAGCGAUACCCACAACACAGCUAUUGCCAGACAACCCUCGUGAGUUGAAUAGUUUUUGAAAAAAUUUAUUUUGGAUCUGAAAUUUAAGUCUAUGUAGUUCUUUAAUUUUUUUACACAGUAGUUUAAGAAAAAAAUUAAUUUCGAAUUUUUAUUUUUUUUAGAAGAUAUGAAACUGGAGAUUUUUAAGUCGCUAUGAAUUUCAAUUUUGAAAUAUUUUUAAGGCUUCAGAGGGCUUCAGAAGAAUUUUAGAACUUUCAGAAAGCUUCGGAAAACUUCAAAAGGCUUCAGAAGGUUUCAGAAGGUUUCAGAAGACUUUAGGAAGCUCCAGAAAAUUCUCGGAAGCUUCAGAAGGCUUCAGAAGGCUUCAGAAGGCUUCAGGAGGCUUCAGAAGGUUUUCGAAGGUUUCAGAAGACUUUAGAAAGUUUCAGAAGGUUUCAGAAGAUUCCAGAAAGCUUCAGAACAAUUUUUAAGACUUCUCAAGACGUCAGGCAGCUUCAGAAGAAUUCAGAGCCUUCAGAAAAUUUCAGGAAACUUCUGAGGGAUUCUGAUGGGCUUCAGAAAAUUUUUGGAGGCUUCACAAGGUUUCAGAAGACUUCAGAAAGCUUCAGGAAGCUUCAGAAAGUUUUGGAGGAUUCUGAAGAAUUUUGGAAACUUCCGAAAAAUGUUUGAGGCUUCAGGAGAAUUUUCAAGACUUCGGAAGGCUGCGGAAAGCUUCAGGAAGCUUCUGAGGGCUUUAGAAAAUUUUUGGAGGCGUCAGAAGGCUUGUGAGGGCUUCAGAAGGCUUCCGAAAGCUUCAGAAGGUUUCAGAAGACUUUAGGAAGCUUCAGAAGGCUGCAGAAAAUUUUUAAAAAUUUUAGGAGGGUCUAGAAAAUUCUCGGAGGCUUCAGAAAAUUCUUGGAAGCUUCAGAAGGCUUCAGAAGAUUCUCACACACAUUUUCCAUGUUUUUUUUGCAGUGUCGCGACCAGGCGCCAGCAGUUCGAGUCAACCGUACUGGCUCGCUUCCAUGGGGUCAAUGGAACAUGAGAAGAGCACACAUGUGA